GUUUUCGUGAAAAUUGUAUUAUUUAUCUUCUUAUGAAUGCCUGCUAGAUAUAAUGAUUGUCAGAAUAGCGAUGGUGGGGACCGGUUCCCCUCCGUCGCCAUUUUCCCCAGGGAAGCCAGAUUUGCACCCGGUUGUACAGUUCCUUACAGUACAUUUGCUUUUCUUUGAUUUUUGGGAGGUUAGAGCGAGACGGACUUGCUCUAAUGUAUUAAACAACACAACACCAGAAAGACUAAAAUCGAAAGAAAUGGUAAAUUCUCCAGACUAUUUAGGACCCAAAGAUGUUGAUUCUGAACAGAAACCAGACAACUCUGAAGAAAAUAAGGAUGAUAAUGAAUCAGAGAAGUCUGUAAAAACAAGGGGUGAUAGUGUAAAGUCAAAUGAUAGCGAUGUAGAAGGAAGUCCAGCUCAAAAAGAAGAUAAUAGUGGUUCUGCUUCUGAGCCAGAAGAUAGUGUAAAAAAAGCAAAACCGCUAAUAGAUUCAGAUUCAGAAAGUGAACCACCAGAAAAAGAAGCUUUAGCUCCAACAGCAGAUGCUCUUUUUGGAGAUGCUAGCGACAUAAGUACAGAUGAUGAAAAAGACAAAGAAGAAAGGAAGAGAGAAAAAAGUCUAAGUAAAAGUAGAAGUAGAAGUAGAAGUAGAAGCAAAAGUAAAAGCAGAAGUCGAAGUCGAAGUAAAAGCAGAAGUAGAAGUAGGAGCAAAAGCAGAAGCCCAGAUAGAUCCGACAGUGGUGGUGAGGGUCCUAGUCAAGCAGUUAUUGAAGAUGAUGUGGAUAAAGAAAAGGAAGAAGAACCUGAACCUCCACCAGAAACAAGAAUUGAUGUAGAGAUUCCAAAAAUCACAACAGAUUUAGGUCGUGAAAUACACUUUGUUAAGCUUCCGAAUUUUCUUUCUGUAGAAACACGACCAUUUGAUACAGAAACAUAUGAAGAUGAAAUUGAUGAGGAAGAGACUUUGGAUGAAGAAGGACGAGCUAGAUUAAAAUUAAAAGUUGAAAAUACUCUUAGAUGGAAAGAAACUUUUGAUGACGAGGGUAAAGUUGUUAAGGAAAGUAAUGCCAGAUUUGUAAAGUGGUCCGACGGUAGUAUGUCUUUACACCUGGGUUCCGAAAUUUUUGACGUGUAUAAACAGCCACUUCAAGGCGAUCACAAUCAUCUUUAUAUUCGUCAAGGAACUGGUCUCCAAGGUCAAGCAGUAUUCAGAACUAAAUUGACAUUCCGUCCACAUUCUACAGAAUCUUUCACUCAUAGAAAGAUGACUAUGUCUCUGGCAGAUAGAUCACAAAAAACUUCUGGUAUAAAGGUUUUGUCUCAAGUAGGAACUAAUCCAGAUCAAAAUAGAUAUGAAAUGAUUAAAAAAGAAGAAGAGAAACUACGAAUGGCAAUGAGAGUACAAAGUAAAACAAAAAAGAGUACUGCAGGUAGAGGAACAACUGGAAGAUCCGUGAGUGGAUAUGGUGGUGAUGCUUACCAUGAUGAUGGCUCCGAUGAUGAAGGUGCAAUUUCUCUCGCAGCGAUUAAGAAUAAAUAUAAGAAAGGAAUAAAUAUUCCUGUCAAAGCGUCAAAUAUAUAUUCGUCAGACGAGGAAGGUUCAGAUUUUGAAACCUUAAGACCGAAAAAGAACAUUAAAGGAAAAGUUCUUAAAGAUUCGGACGAAGAAUCGAAUUCCGGAAGUGGUUCAGAAAGCGAAAGAGAAGAUAACAAUCAGGGUGACAAUGCUAGUGAUUAAAAUACCAAUUUUAAACUAUGAUAAGCUAUUUUGUAAUAUAGUUGAAUAAAUCCAUACAUUUUCUGAAA